AUGGCCACCAAUGCACUCGCGGGGACAUCACUCUCCAUGCGAUCUCUCAGUCCUCAAACGCAGGCCUUCGCCUCACCUUCUAGCCGGAGAUCUGCUUUGAUUUCCAGCUUUGGGAGAAAGAAUGUUUCUUUUAACUUGCAGCCGCGUCAACUUCGCCUUCAAAUUUCCUGUGCUGCUAAACCAGAGACUGUAGAAAAGGUGUGCGAAAUAGUAAAAAAACAGUUGGCCGUGGCUGAUGGUGGCACCGUGACCGCCGCAUCAACGUUUCAAAAACUUGGAGCUGACUCCCUUGACACGGUUGAGAUCGUAAUGGCCCUUGAGGAAGAAUUUGGUAUCGCCAUUGAAGAGGAGAGCGCACAGACCAUCACUACAGUUCAGCAAGCAGCAGAUCUUAUCGAAGAUAUCAUUGAAAAGAAGAGAUAG